AUGAAGCCCAUCAACAUUGGCAUGAGCGCCUUGACGCUGGGGAUUUUCAUCGUCAACCUUACACAACCAGCCACUGCUCUUCCUCGCGAUAUUGACAUCCCGAAUGAGGAUCUCGUGGAUCACCGACGUUUGCUUCCAAGGAGAAGUGGCAACCUUGCAGGACGUGUCGAGGCUCGAGAUUUCUUCCUUCGAAUCAUGCCUGUAGGAGCCUCCAUCGUGCGAGGCGACCCGGCUGAGCCCGGCGACACGGACAAGAAUGGGUUCCGCAAGGCUGUACGCGAUAAACUGCGUUGGGAUGGAUGGAAAGUGAACAUGGUCGGAAGCCUCUCUGGAGGCACCAUGGCCGACAACAACGUCGAAGCUAUUCCUGGAGAGCGGAUCGACCAGAUUCAUACCAGACUCCGCACGACUGCUCCCGUUUGGCAGCCAAACCUAUACCUUAUCAAUGCGGGCACGAAUGACGCCUCUCAAGACAUGGUAGCCGGCGCAGGAGAGCGCAUGAAGGCCAUGAUCGACACCAUCUUCUCUAUCACUCCUGAUGCUACUGUCAUCCUCUCCACGCUUCUCCACCACAGAGACUUUCAAUCCAGAGUUGUUCAGAUCAACGAUCAGUACCGCCGGCUUGUCAAAAGCUAUCAAGGCAGCGACCUGGAAAAGCCAAUUGCUAAAGUCUUUCUUGCCGAGAUGCAAGAUGACUUCCUAAAAUUCCCAGAAGAUUUCCACGAUCCUCUCCACCCGAAUCGUGGAGGCUUCCGCAAGAUGGCUGCCGUCUGGAUCUGGGCCAUCGAUCAAGUCAAUGGACUAAAUUGGCUGAACACGCCGAAAGCCGCAGGAUUCACAGACGAUGAAGGAAAGACAAUGUGUAAGAAAGAGCCUGGCAGCGAGUUGAACCACCCUCACGGAUCAGAGGUGAAGCUCCUGUUUGCUGGCGACCCUACCAUCCGCGACGAUGGCGUGUACAAGCAGAGCUCCCAAGAGCGCGGCGUGGUCUGGAAGAACAAGGUUUCGAAUGAAACGGAGAUGUACUGGGCACAUUUGAUCGACUCUGGUCUCCCGAGGGAACAAGUCCUGGACGAGCUCGUUCUUAUCAACCGCGACACUAACAAGAUCGACAUACAUAUCAACCGAGGAGAUGGCAAGUUUGACGCCGGAGCAUCCAUUUUGGCGAUGUGGUACAACGGAGAUGGCUUGGAUGACUACAUUUGUAUUUCAUCAGAUGGUACCCCAUUUGUAGCCAUCAACAACUCCACCCGCCAACAAACUGUGCCGUCGUUUGGGGUGGUCUUCAAGUGGCGGGAUUCCAUUGCUGGCUAUGCACAAGAUCGCGUUCGUCUCGGCGAUAUCGACGGCGAUGGUAGGCUUGACUACUGCGUCAUCCGCGACGGCGGCAAUAUUCAUGUAUGGCUUGCUGUUAAUUACCUCUGCCAUCGAAACGGAGGCCUCGGCAAUGAAGCUGCCUACUGGCAGGAUCUUGGUUCCGGAGGCCCUGUCUUCAGCGCGAAGGACACGGGAGACAUCCGCGGUGUGCGCUUCGUGAGUAAUGAAGUGGUCCCUGGCCGCGGCGAUUGGCUCUGGCUCACCACGCAGGGUCAAACGACGACGUGGAUAAACAAGCGUGGCGAGAAGCAGGGCAUGAUACCGUACUGGCAAGAUGCAGGAGUUACCCAUCCUGACAUUGGCGAGGCCAUCGGCGACACUCGCGAGAGGGCCAAAUUCGGGCGUGUUUUCAACAAGCGAGACGGAUUCAGAGACGUCAUCUCUAUUUGGGAAAAUGUGAAUGGUGGAAAUGGUGGCCGAUGGCAAAAAGGCGAUGGAGCUCGGUGGGGUGACGUGACGGGAACCGGCUUCGACGACUACAUCUGGAUAUCCGCCUUCGGAGAGAUCACCAUUUUCCCCAACAAGGCUCGGGCAAACAGUUUUGACUGGUAUAAGAGUGUCGCAUGGGGUAGCACUACACUGAUCAAGACAGGAGUAACGCGGCGUGCUCUGCACAUAGCUGAUUGGAACGGGGAUGGAAAGGCCGACAUUAUCGCGGUCGAUCGUGUCUCUGGAGAGCUGACAGUCUGGCUUAGCACGUCGGAGCCCGGAAAGGUCAGCUUCCAGGAUCCCAAAAAGUACUCAGACACCAAAGGGUUUUGCACCCUUGGUUGGGGAGUCCUAUACUACGAUACUUCUCACCACUUUGCGGAUAUCAAUGGCGACGGCAGAGCGGACUACAUUUGCAUUCAACACAACGGCCUCAUGCACGCUAUGCUCAAUCUUGCUACCGGAGCUACAGAUAUCGGGCAGAUCAAUUACACCAAGAAUCUAGAGCGAGCCGACUUUCGUUUCGCCGAUGUCAAUGGUGACGGACUGUCGGAUAUCAUUCACUCUGACAGGUUCACUGGUAACACAAAUGUGUUUUACAAUGAAGGAAAGGCAGCUCCAGGAGAGUCGAAUGCAGGUAGCGCAUGGAAAUGGGGGAGGCCUGCCAGCGUUUUUAAGGGAACAAGCCGGGGCCCUAACCUUCAGUUUCCAAGCCUUUCAGGGCAGGGACGUGCCGACGUGGUUGAGAUUAACCCAAACACAGCUCAUGGCUGGGUCUUCUUCAACACAUGCCCAGCUGGCGGGGACGAUCCAGAGGGUGUCUUGGACCCGAGCUUGCCGCCAUACACGCCCGGAAAGGCACCCGAGACAAUUUCAGGUCCUUUGUAA